AGAAAGACAUGGUGCAACCUUUUUGUCUUCUUUUUCCAGUCUUUGAAAGAAGAUAGUUGAUAGCCCACCUACUACCUGUACCACUACGUGUCUGUCAUGUCUUUUACACUAGUUGUGACUUCUGGCCUACCACUAGUUGAACCAACAACCCACUUAAUCAAAGAGAGUAAACAUUUCUUACACUUUACACUUGCAUUUUAUUGGUUGUGAUUUUUCUGAAGAACUUUCACUUCUUCUUCUUCUUCUUGUUACAAACUAAGAAACUCAUGGAGGGUAUUAAGGUAGAAAAACGCCUCUCACUGUCAACUUCUGUGAAGGUGUUGUUCGAAAAGAUUGUUUCAAGUGACUUUGCUGACAAAUUCCGGGGCACGAAGCUUGACGUUUCACUCUUGAUAAACCUCAAGACAAGACUGCUGAGGUUAUUAAUUGCACUUAAUGAUGCUGAGGAGAAACCGAUCACCAAUCCAACUGUCAAGGAAUGGUUUUAUAUGUUGAGAUAUGUUGUCUUUGAAGUUGCCAAUUUCAUUGAUGAAAUCAAUCAGGUGCUCAAUGAUUCUUCUUCUCAUUUCAAACGGUUUGAUGUAUUGAUUAAUUCUAUAAUGAUCAAAUUACUUGAAAGAUUAGAAUUCUUGAGUUCAAGAGGUGAACAGAAAGGUGUUUCCAACAGUUUUUGGAAUGGAAGUCCUCCUACAAAUUCUGUUGUGGUUAAUGAAUCUUCUAUUUAUGGAAGAGACAGUGAUGUAGAGAAACUUAAAAAUCUUUUGCUUUUAGAAGAUGCUACAGAUGGUGAUAGUAGUAAAACAGGUAUAAUUUCAAUUGUGGGUAUGGGAGGGAUUGGUAAAACAACCCUUGCUAAAUUACUUUAUAAUGAUCGCAAAGUUGAGGAGAAAUUUAGGGUGAGAGGGUGGGCACAUAUUUCAAAAGAUUUUGUUAUUUCCAGGGUUUUGGAAACCAUUCUUGAAUCUAUUACUUCACAAACAGAAAUCAGUGAUGGUAACCUGAAUUCUCAACUUCUUCAAUGUCUCAAUGAAAAAAGAAAGGACGAAACUAGUGACGUAUACUCAAAUCUUCUAGUAUUGACAGUGCAACAAAUUCUAAGAACUCAUGUUUUUUUGCUUGUAUUGGAUGAUGUGUGGGAUGCAAAAUCUGUCAAUUGGAUAUAUCUGAUGGACAUUUUGAAUGUCGGGGAAACGGAAAGCAGGAUCAUCAUCACAACACGGGAUGAAAGAGUUGCACUAUCCAUGCAAACCUUUCUUUCUGUCCACUAUUUGAGGCCUCUAGAAAGUAAUGAUUGUUGGUCUUUACUUGCCAGACAUGCGUUUGGAGCAUGGAACAACCACCAACGGUCUGAUCUCGAAGAAAUUGGUAAAGAAAUUGCAAAAAAAUGUGAUGGAUUACCAUUAGCAGCAAUAGCACUCGGGGCUUUUCUUCGCAUCAACUUCUCACCAGAUUAUUGGUUUAAUGUGCUAAAAAGCGACAUUUUGGAAUUGAUGGAUUAUGAUGUGAAACAUGCUCUACAAUUGAGCUACCAUUAUCUACCGGCUCCUUUAAAACAGUGCUUUGGAUACUGUUCAAUUUUUCCAAAGAAGUCAAUCUUAGAAAAAAAUGUGGUAGUUCAGUUGUGGAUUGCAGUAGGCUUAGUAGACACGUCUGCAGAUCAGGAAAAGGUCAAAGAAGAAUACUUUGAUGAACUGGUAUCAAGGUCGUUGAUUCAUCGACGAUCUAUUGGUGAUGAGGAAGCAAACUUUGAAAUGCAUAGCCUAAUCCAUGAUUUAGCUACAACGGUUUCAUCUCCAUAUUCUAUCAGGUUGGACGAACAUAACCCAUCUGAAAUGGUUCGUAAUUUGUCAUACAAUAGAGGUCUGUUUGACUCAUUUAAUAAAUUUGAUAAAUUGUAUGGAGUGAAAGAUCUACGCACCUUUCUAGCAUUACCAUUACAACAAAAACUGCCUUUUUGUUUGUUAUCGAACAAGGUAGUACAUGACUUGUUGCCAACAAUGAAAGAGUUGCGUGUGUUGUCUUUGUCAAACUACAAGAGUAUCACUGAGGUUCCCAACUCUAUUGGAAAUUUGUCAGACCUACGGUACUUAAAUCUUUCUCACACUAAGAUUGAAAGGUUGCCUUCUGAAACAUGCAAGCUUUACAAUCUGCAGUUCUUGUUAUUGUCAGGCUGUAAAAGGCUCACUGAAUUGCCCGAGGACAUGGGAAAAUUGGUUCAUCUAUGUCACCUUGAUGUUAGUGACACUACAUUGAGGGAGAUGCCAGCACAAAUAGCCAAACUAGAAAAUCUUCAAACUUUGUCUGAUUUUGUUGUCAGCAAACAUGAUGGUGGAUUGAAGGUUGCAGAGCUAGGAAAUUUUCCCCACCUACAGGGAAAACUUUCCAUCUCAGAACUGCAAAAUGUCAAUGACCCCUUUGAAGCUUUUCAAGCCAAUAUGAAGAUGAAAGAACGAAUAGACGAGUUAGCUUUAGAAUGGGAUUGUGGUAGUACUUUUACAGAUUCACAAAUUCAAAUUCAAAGUGUUGUACUUGAAGACCUGCGACCCUCAACAAAUUUGAAAAGUCUCACCAUCAAAGGCUAUGGCGGAAUCUGCUUUCCAAAUUGGUUGAGUGAUACUUUAUUUAUCAACCUGGUAUAUUUGAAGAUCUCGAAUUGUGAUGAUUGUUUAUGGCUUCCACCCCUUGGACAAUUGGGAAAUCUGAAAGAACUAAUCAUUGAAGGGAUGCAUUCAGUACAGAUAAUUGGUCCUGAAUUCUAUGCAAGUGAUUGUUCUCCUUCAUUUCAACCAUUUCCAUCCUUGGAGACUCUACACUUUGAGAAUAUGCAAGAGUGGGAGGAGUGGAAUUUGAUUGGAGGUACAACUAAUGAAUUUCCUAGUCUAAAAACUUUGUUACUUAGUAAGUGUCCGAAACUGAGAGUAGGAAUCAUACCUGACAAAUUUCCUUCCAUAACUGAACUUGAGUUAACUGAAUAUCCUCUUAUGCUGCAGCCAUUGCCAUCAUUCGAUCAUGGAUUCAGGAAACUAAUGGUCCCUCUAAAUUCUCUUAGACAGUUGACCAUAGAAGGCUUUCCAUCUCCAAUGUCUUUCCCAAUAGACGGUCUCGCUAAAACCUUGAAAUUUCUCAUAAUCAGUAAUUGUGAGUAUCUAGAGUUCCUUCCUCAUGAACACUUGGAUAAUUACACAUCACUUGAGGAAUUGAAAAUAUCUUAUAGUUGUGAUUCAAUGAUAUCAUUUUCUUUGGGCGCUCUCCCUGUCCUCAAAAGUCUGUUCAUUGAGGGUUGUAAAAAUUUGAAAUCGAUAUUAAUUGCAGAAGACGCGUCGGAAAAGAGUCUCUCAUUUCUUAGAAGCAUCAAAAUAUGGGAUUGUAAUGAACUAGAAUCAUUUCCCCCAGGCGGAUUGGCCACUCCAAACCUCAUUUACUUUGCAGUGUGGAAAUGUGAGAAGCUUCACUCACUGCCAGAAGCAAUGAACACUCUAGCUGGCCUUCAAGAAUUGGAAAUUGAUAAUCUACCAAGUCUUCAAUCUUUUGUUAUAGAUGAUUUGCCUAUCAGUUUACAGGAACUGACUGUUGGCUCUGUUGGAGGGAUUUUAUGGAACACUGAGCCAACUUGGGAACAUCUCACUUGUCUUUCAGUGUUGCGAAUUAACGGUAAUGAUAUGGUGAACUCGCUGAUGGUGCCGUUGCUACCUGCAUCUCUUGUGACACUUUGUGUAUGUGGUCUUAGUGAUACAAACUUUGAUGGUAAGUGGCUUCAACAUCUCACUUCUCUUCAAAACCUUGAGAUUGUUAACGCUCCCAAACUCAAGUCGUUGCCAAAAAAAGGAUUGCCUUCCUCACUUUCGGUACUAAAUAUGACUGGUUGUCCAUUGCUCAAAGCAAGUUUGCGGAGGAAGCGAGGGAAAGAGUGGAGUAAGAUUGCUCACAUACCUGCCAUAAUUAUUGACCAUGAAUUGAUUACAUGAGUUUCUUAUCAUGAAUUAUCUUCUGUUUCACCCCUGCUGCUGCUCAAUCUUGUUGUUGUGAGAAGCCAAAUUCGCAUGCCCGACCUGCAACUAAGUCCAGUACAUGUUUUACAGAUGAUUAACAGUUGAAAAGGAGAAAUAUCAACUGACUCAGAAUAUGUUAGGUGCCACCAUUGAGAAGAUUCUCUACUUGUGUGUGUCUGCUGGUCUCUGCUGAAUUGGACUGCUCUUCAUCACUGGUGACCUGUUUUCCACUUCUCCAAUUCUGUCCAAGCCUUAAUUUUAUGUUUGUAUUUGCUUGACUGGAGGUAAAUUUGUCCGAUGGUUUUCUACACAAAUCUUAUUGAUGUUCGUGGAAUAUCUAACUCUUUGUAGAGAGAUCCUUGACACUAUCCAUGGCACAUUCAUUCUUUGUUUCACACAUUCAAAAAAAGAGCAUCAAAACCAUGAAAGAGCAGAGCCAUUCAAGCAAGAGUUUAGUUGAAAAUAGUAGCAAUAUAUCCAGUUCUGUUACAGAAAAUGCAGAACCAUUUUCUCAUUGAUUUCGAAAAUACAUUGAAGUUUGAGCUGUAAAGAUAGUAUGAGCUUGGUUAUUUGAGCUGCAAUAUAUCCAGUUCUGUUACAGAAAAUGCAGAAACAUUUUUCAAACA